CCAUGACACCUGCCCUGGAACCAGAACUGGAGACCCACCUCCUCCGAGCUGCCCUGCACGCAGUCUUCACCCUGGGCACACAGACGGACACCACCCAAGUCCAGGAUCUGCAGAGGGUCAUACCAGACCUUCUGGACGCCAUGCUGGGGAACCUGCUGGCAAAGACCCCAGACACUGACAAGCUCCACUACAUCUUGGAGAACUCAGCCGAAUUCCCCAGGAUGGGUCACCACGUGGCACAGCUGGCUCUGUUCGUCGGUGACCCAGCCAAGGACAUCAGCCGGCAGGACAGGGAGGGGGUUUACCGGCUCUACCAGCUGCUGCUGCACCAGAGGGAGCUGACCAUCCAUGAAGCCAAAGACCUGUGGGUGUGCGACUGGCACCAGGACAGCAGGCUCCUGGGGUACAAAAACACAGCCAGGGUCGGGGAGGUCUUUGGCAAAUUCUUCUUGGAGGGGCAGAGAAGAUUCUUCCUCCGGACAGCAGUGCUCGCCAUACACAGCCUCCUUCUACAUGUCAGCCAGGCUGGGCUGCUCCUCACCUACUCCCUCCUGGGGCAAGCUCAGCAGCUGAUGGGGGACAAGCAGGAGGACGUCACGGCCAACAUCAUGCAACAACUUCACAUUAUCCAGCACUUGCGCCAGGUGCCUGAGGCGCUGCAGGGGCUCUGCCUCUGAGGCCACCAGCAACUCCCGCUCCCUGUAAACGAGGAGUGUAGUGAGGCUGAGUGGCCUCCCUCUGAGCAGGAGAGCAAGGGCCCCCCACAUGCCCCUUGAAGGGCGGAGCCUAUAUCGCCCCGCCCCCCUCGCCUGUAGGACUGUUUUUUGCCUGGCAACCAGGGCUUCUAGGAGAGUGUGUUGAGACUGAGUGGCCUCCAUCCAAGCGGGAGAGCGAGGGACCCCCUACAUGCCCCAUUGGAGGGCGGAGCCUAUAUUGCCCCGCCCCCCUCUCCGUAAGGACCGGGGUGUGGCCGGAAGUAUAAAAGGCCAGCCCUGCAGCACAGUUGGGGGAGAGCCUGCAAUAGAGGAGGACGCUCGGCCUGUUCUCCAGAGGCCCCGAGAGGAACCUGCUCCUGGCUGUUCCCAAUCCCCAGGCGUGGACGAGGACUGGCCCAGAGUAUCCGCUGCGGUUUACCCCGAGGAGCCAGAAGAGGCCUGGAGGCCGCAGGAAUAGGAGCCUCCUUCUCAGCUGUGUUCCAGGCCCUGGGAUCUGGCACAGCUUCCCAGAUGGGUGCAUCUUGUAACGGAGCCACGUCAGGGAGCAGUGGGGACAGGUCACCUCGUCCCAUCCAAGCAAGCAACGCUGGCUCUCAAAGAGGCUUAGAGGGAAGACCCCCAGUCCCUCAUGGAGGAAGGGGCUCCCCAGAGACGUCCUCGAAUCUGGACUCAUGAGAGCGUUUCUGGUAGGAGGCUCCAGCCCCUCGGGCAUGAAGAGAGCAUCAGGUAGUCUCGAUCACAUGGCAUCUCCGGUCUCCAGCUCCACUUCCCGCAGCAGGGCAAAUGAACCCAUCAGCUCCCAGAAUCCCAACUCUUUGACUUCCUUCCUCUCAGCAGUGAGGUUUCUCCAGCCCCCUCACCACACCUGUCAGCCCCUGAAUGAUGAAGGGCCUGAAUGUCAGAGUUACCAGAACAAGCAAACUCCAGUUCCAGGCAGUGGGGCCUGUGUAUACUCAGCCCCCUGGAAACUGGGUCUGAAAUGGGGAGCAAGGACCCCAGGCCAAUAACAGCAGGAGUGGGCAGAGCAGGCAUGUAACAGAGUGCUUUCCCCUGGGCUGCACAGCCUGGGGCCUAGCCAAGCUGAUUAUAGAAUGAGCCCUAACUGAGAGGCAAAAGGGAUGAGAGGCCUGUGGGUGCAGGCUGUACAAGCACGCAGCCGGUGACAGCGAUGAGAUGGCGAGGGAUGAAGCUUGGACAAGAAUAGUACUUGCCCCUCGUGUGGGCCAGUUUCUAAGGAGGAGCGUAUAUGACAGGGGGGCUUGGCCUGUGGGCAAUAAAGCCGGGAGCUAGGUCAAAUGGAUUACAGAGUGAGCUCCACCUGAGGGGAAAGCCAGGGAAAACCGCAGCAAAGGUACAGGAGCAGGCCUAGCUGUUCGGUACAGGGCCUUGGGGCAGAACUUAGAAUCCAGGGUAGGACUGGUUCUCCCAUGGUCUCUAAAGAAGGGGACAUACAAGGCCAUAGAAAGGGCUACCAAGGUCAGCAAGGGCAAGCCAAGCCAAAGUCAGGCUAAGGAAAAUCCCAAAGGGACGGAGGACCUUGUUUCGGUUAAAGACAUUUUUGGACUUUUCGUUUGGGAUGAUCGCGACCCAGGAAGGAGCAGGAAAGUUGUGACACCAUGCCUUGCCAGGAAGGGGCACCUUUCGCUUUCACAGACCUUGGGAGGCAGGCCAGUCCUCGCCCACAGACAACCUGCCAACCUUAAGCAUAUUCUCACCAGCAACCACACACUGCACCAUAACAACUCUAACUCAGGAAC